AUGCGCGGCUCCAAAGCCAAGCUCAACUUCCCUCAUCUGGUGGGAUCGGCUGAUUACGAGCCGGUUAGGGUGACCAAUAGUAAGAAGCGCGGCUCGCCGGAGCCGCCGUGCACGCCACCGUCGUUUUCUUCCUCGUCCUCGUCGUUGUUGUCGUUCUCGGAAGCGGAAUCUCCAAAGGCGAAGCGAAGUAAUUAUAUGAGCAUGAUCGAGUCAUACCUGGAAAUGGAGGGUGAAUGGGAUUUGACCUUCUCCGACAGUCAGAUGCCAUUUGGCAAGGGAUUAUUGGUUGAUCGGUAUUGCGCAUUGUAA